CAUACAAACGUAAAAUCGCUUAAAUAAUAAAUUUGGAAUGUCAAAAAAUAAUCUAGUUGAAAUUCUUAUAAAAUUUCAAAUAUUUCGUAUUAUAGAAAGCCAUUACUUAUGAGAAAGUGUCGGCUUAAAACAAACAACAAAAAAAAUAUAAACUCCGAUUUAAAGGCAAAAAAUUCCAGGGAAAAUUUUGAAAAAAUAAAAUAUUUAAAAAAUAUGAUUAGGAUGAUGGCUAGAUUCAAAAAAGAUGAAGUGCCGUGAAAAGUUGAAAACAGAACAUAAAAAGAAAAGAUAAAAAAAUAAAUAUAAUUACCGUGGAUUGAGGAGAAGCCUUUAAGGCUGACGUGGAUAGGGUUCAAUUCUCAAACCCCUUUAAUAUAUUCUAAGUUGAAAUAUAUGAAUAUUGGGUCGGAUUCAAAUAGAUUUAUAUGUAUUUUUAAUGAUUAUGAACUCGAAUUUAAAUUGGGUUCGAUUUGGGUAAACUCAUUUGACUCGGACUUAAAUAGAUCUAUUUGGGUUCGGAUAAUUGUACACAAAAAAAAAACAAUAUCGAUCAUCUCAUUAAUUGCCUUCAACUUGAUUACACCUUUGAUGUGGGUGUUUUCACCUUUAUGAUUUUUUUUCAUAACAAAAAAUAAGACAAAAUUGUAUUAUUUGAAUUGUGUAUCCAUUUUUUUUCCCCCUCGAUAUCUAAUACUAUGGGACCAGAUUUAAUUUGGAAUCGGAUCCUUCCCUUUAACCAGGGCAUUAGCUCUAAUUCCUAGGGUUUAGGGUUUAAUCAUAUUAAUUAAGUCCAUCUCUAAAUUCCCCCCUUCAACGUUCAUUCCAGUUUUCUUGUUGAUUUCUCUUGUUAUCCAUCGUUCAAAAUGCAAUGCAAGCAAUUCCUUUUGUAAAAAAAAAAAAAAAAACGCAUUCUAGUCCUAGUUUUUGCCUCUAGCUUCACUUUUCAUUUCAACAACACUCCCAACUAGCUUUUUCCAUCCAGCUCAUCAUCUCUUAUUUCACAUUUAACACGUGAUCGAACAGUACACCGAGCAAAAAUUAAACAAACAAAUAGAACCUGGAGUCUCUCCGUACAAGGUCACGGGGGUCUCAUAAUGAAAACAAUAGUAAUGUGUAUCAUUUAACUCUCUGAAAGAAUCGAAUCCAAUGAUGAACCUUUUUAGUUUGUAGGAAGGUUAAGAAUAAUGAAUGUUGGUAGUACGUAUGCAGUGUCGUUCUAAGUUGACGCAGUCGGAUCAAUGUCCACUACUCAGCGAUGAUUCGUUCGCAAUGAGAUGGCUGAUCAGAUCGACGAAAGAGAGCGUUUUUUUUUUACAGCAGAGAAGAGAUGAGACGAGCAGAGUCGGCAGGUUCACAUAUCAAAACUGCGGCAUCUGGGUGGAUCGUGGCGGCCAGCUCGGGUUGUGCCUUGGCGUACUCGGCUCUCACGAGAGCAGCAGCUUCGUCGGCCACAUCAGCGCUGACGAGGGCAAUGCAGCAGCCUCUGAACCCAGCCCCGCUGAACCUGGCUCCGUACACGCCAGGUGUAUUCACCAGAAUCUCGUACAGUUGUAUCAGUGGCUCGCAACCUUCACCAAAAGAAGCAGUGAAUAAGUGAUUAUCACCCCAGAAAGCAACAGUAAGUAAGUAACAACUCAGUAAAUCCAACCAACCAUAUGUUCCAACACGAUCGAAUAAGAGCUAAUAAUGAACAGACUGGUUUCUACCUAACUAUCUUCUGUUUGAUUCAAUGCAACAGAUGGGAAAAAGUGUCGAUUGGAAAGUUGGCUGUCAACUGUAGCAAAUAGUAGAAGUGGAAGUGUGUUGUGAAAGAAUUUAUUACAACAAGUAAAUGAUUAGGUGACGAAACGAUGUAAUUACAUGACUAGUGUGGUUCCAAAAUUAAAUUUUUAAAUGUAAC